AUGGACUCGUCUCUCCAUCAUUUCAUUAUAUUUGGAAGCGAGAUUCAUCCUCCAGAUUCAGAACAAGUUUAUAUAUUUACAAGCGUCGACUCUUUUAUGUCAAGUCUUUAUGGUGAUCGAGGGCCUACCAUUUUCGGUUCGAAUGGGAACUUUGGCUUCCAUGGGGAUUGCAAUAGAGGAAGCAUUCAAAAAGAAAAUUUGAUGCAUGGGUGUAUUGCUCCACGGCGACCGUCUACCAUCUUUUGUUCUGGUUUAACACGUGUUUCUUUCUCCUCUUACCGCCUAUGCGGUGGUUUUCCUGGGCUAGGUUGGGCUCCGCUUCUUUUCGAUUCAAUUGGGAUUAGUGGCUUUGUCAUGUUGCUUGAUGGAAUUUAG